AAAUCCCACGUGACUGCCUCUGCUCUCAGGCCAUCAUGGCGUCUCCCAGUGGGAAGGGAUCCCGGGCGCCGGAGGCUCCUGGCUGCGGGCCGCGGCCGCUCGCCCGGGACUUGGUGGACUCCGUGGACGACGCGGAGGGGCUGUACGUGGCGGUCGAGCGGUGUCCGCUGUGCAACACCACCCGCCGGCGGCUGACCUGCGCCAAGUGCGUCCAGAACGGCGAUUUCGUCUACUUCGACGGCCGCGACCGGGAGAGGUUUAUAGACAAGAAAGAAAGGUUAAGCCAACUUAAGAGCAAGCAAGAAGAAUUUCAAAAAGAAGUGCUAAAAGCUAUGGAAGGAAAAUGGAUAACAGAUCAGUUGAGAUGGAAAAUAAUGUCCUGUAAGAUGAGGAUUGAACAGCUGAAACAAACCAUCUGUAAAGGAAAUGAAGAAAUGAAAAUAAAUUCUGAAGGCCUUCUCAAAACCAAGGAAAAGAAUCAGAAGCUCUAUACUCGAGCACAGCGGCAUCAAGAGAAAAAGGAGAAGAUUCAGAGGCACAAUCGCAGACUUGGUGACCUGGUAGAAAAAAAAACCAUUGACUUAAGAAGUCAUUAUGAGCGUCUGGCAGAUCUUCGGCGAUCUCAUAUAUUAGAGCUCACCUCUGUCAUUUUUCCAAUCGAGGAAGUAAAGACUAGUGUGAGAGAUCCCGCAGAUGUGUCCUCAGAGAGCGACAGUGCCAUGACCUCCAGCACCGUGAGCAAGCUUGCUGAAGCCCGGAGGACGACUUACCUCUCGGGAAGAUGGAUCUGUGACGAUCACAAUGGGGACACCAGCAUUAGCAUUACAGGGCCUUGGAUUAGCCUUCCCAACAACGGGGACUACUCUGCAUACUACAAUUGGGUGGAAGAGAAGAAAACCACGCAGGGGCCUGACAUGGAGCAUAGUAACCCCGCUUACACGAUCAGUGCUGCAUUGUGCUAUGCGACUCAGCUGGUCAACAUUUUGUCUCAUAUACUUGACAUAAAUCUCCCUAAAAAGCUGUGCAACAGUGAAUUUUGUGGGGAAAAUCUCAGUAGACAGAAAUUUACUCGAGCAGUGAAGAAACUGAAUGCAAAUAUUCUUUACCUGUGCUUUUCUCAGCAUGUAAACUUAGAUCAGUUACAACCACUGCAUACUCUCAGGAACCUAAUGUACCUGGUCAGUCCGAACUCUGAACACCUGGGCAGGUACUGCACGAGGCGUGGGCCUGAAUGAAAGAAGGCCUGAGGCAGGGAACACCCUCGGGAUUUUCUAGGAGAGGAAGGCUGAGUAUUACAAAAAUGCUACUUCUCCCCAAAAGGAAACCUGAUCAGAAUUUCAACAGGUAUUUCAUGGAACUUUGACAAGCUAAUUCUGAAGUUGAACUAGAAGCACAGGCUGCAAGGAAAUUUUGGAAAAGAAUAGUAAAGGAUGGGCUUGGCCCUCUUUAAAACAUAGUAUAAAGGUAAUUAAAACAAGGUGCUGUUAGCAUGCAAGUAGGUGGAACAAUUAGACGAAGAGAAGAGAGUCCAGAGACCCUGUGAGAGGCCCUGUCCCUGUGAGAAGCAUAACACAACAAGGGCCAGCAUGUUGAACUGGAUAAUAAUCGAUAGUGGCGGGCUAGUGGGGUAUUCACACAAGAAUAAAGCUCGACUCAUACUACAUUCUGUAUAUAAAAAUAAAUUCCAGAUGAUAGAAAAGACCUUAUUUUAUUGAAGGAAAAAAACGUAUAAAAUAGGAGAAAGACAGUGUUUUAUAAUCACAGGAUGGGGAGGGAAUUCCCAUGCAAGCCACAAAACCCCAAAACCAUGAAGGAAAGGAGUUACAUAUUUUACUGUGUAAAAACUCUAAGUGCCUCUGGUAAAAUACCAGAUUCCAGAAAGUUACAAGAUAAACAACAGAUCUGUUUUGCAGCCUGUUUAUCAGACGACGGAUUAAAAUUUCAAAUCUAAAAGAAAAGCAGACCUAAUAGAAAAACAGCCAAAGGAUUAAUCCAGGCAGGUCACACAAAAGAAAUGCAAGUAAUCAGUAUUCAAAUGAAAAAAGUCUUCAGCCUCAAUCAAGAAUAAAGAAGUGCAAUUCAAAACAGCUUUCCAGUUUUCACCCAUCAGUUUGGCAAAAAUGGAAAGGAUUGACGAUAUCCAGUAUUGGUGGUAGGUCCAAAAAACAGGCUCUCUUCUGCUAGGGGUGGACUUCUUUGGAGGGUCUGAAGUUUUCUCUGGGCUUGCCCUGGAGUCAGCUCUCCAGUUAGGGUAGGGGUUUGUGUGACAGAGUACACAUACUUAGCCAGGCUCAUUGCCCCCGAGCUGGUGGUCUGUGGGCCAGAGGCGAGGAGCUGGAGCUUCAGAAGUCCCCUUCCACACCUGCCUCAGUCAGUCACCUGGGUGGGACGUCCUGUUUCCAUGGAGACCAGCUGAAGGAAGGAUCCCAUCCAGAAUCCAACAUAAACCUUUUUUCUUUGAAAUAAAUUCAAACUUGCAAAAAUAUUCAAAAUUGCAAAGAAUAGUAGUAGUACAAAGACAUAUACCCUUUACCCAGACUCACCUUUGUUACCGUUUUACCCUAUUUGCCUUAUCAUUUGUGUAAUCUAUCUCCAUAAAGACACACGCAUACACAUUUUUUUUCCUGAACCCUGUGAGAGUACAUGAUAUACAUAUAUCAUGGUUCUUGACUCCUCAAUACUUCUAUAUGUAUUUCCUAAAAAUAGGGGUAUUUUCCUGUUUAACUACAGUACAGUUACCAACAUUAGCAAAUUUCACAUUGAUAACAAUAGUUUAAUCCACUGUGGACCAGAUUAAUGUCCUGUACAGCAUUUUUCCCUCCAGUAUAUGGUCCAACCUAGAGUCUGGUGCUGGAUUUAGUUGCUAUGUUUCUUUAACCUCUUUUAAAUUUGGAGUAUUUCCAUUGCCUACUUUGUCUUUAACGACAUUAACAUUUUUCCCUUUGUAUUAAUAGAACUUUCAUUCUGAAUUUGGUGCUUCCUUGGAGUGAGAUUCCAGGAAUUCUGUGCAUUCGAGGCUGGAACACCGCCUGGGCCAGGAGUGUUUCCUGGACACUCUGGGGGCCACAGUGGCCAUCUGUCCCUUAUUGGUGAUGUUAAUUUGAUCACCCAGUCACGAUGCUUUCCACCUUCUCCACUGUAUAAUCCUAGCUUUUUCCUUCCUUGCAACUAAGAAGCAGUCUGUGGGGAGCCACUUUGAGACCAUGCAGUUAUCCGGCUCAUCAGAAUUUCCCCCUAGAUUUAACAUCUGUUGAUUUUUCUUAUCGGAUUCAGUCUUUACCCUGAUGGUGCCUAUGUUAACAUCAUUAUCAUCCAGAGUGCGUAGUUUACAUUAGAGUUCAUUUUUGAUGUUGUAUAUUCUGUCCGGUAAUAUUUUUGAAAUAAGAUAUUUUGCAAAAGAGAGUUUUAAAAAACCAAAAAGGUCAUUUUGUUGCCUUAAUCGAGAAGAAGAAUUCCCUGCAGCAUCUUGAGAAAAUUAGUAAUUUUUAUUCCCUGAUGACAUUAAGCGUAAAAGAUUUAAUUCUUUUGCUAAUUUUGUGUGAUGUGUGUGGCUCAGGGUAUGCUGGGUAACAGAAAUUGCUCCAUCUGGCCACUUUGGGAAUCCUCCACUGGUUUUUCAGUUGCAGUACUUCACUGAGUACCUGUUCCGUGUCACUAGACUCUGCCCUGUGGGACUCCAGCAGAGCACUGGAGUCCCACGUGGCUUCCUGGGGAGCUCUGCUGGAGGAAGUAUCACCCCUCUCUCCUGGGAAAACCUUUCGAGAGGGGGUCUGGGGACAAUGGCAGUCCGUGUAGAUAAGGCGACAUCAAAGAGGAACCGAAAACAGGCUAUGCCUCUGAGCUAGCAGGAAGGCUUCAUCUGGAGCUAGUUGCAGAGGCCCCCGGACAACAAAGCUCAACAGGACAGAACGAGAGGGCCCUAUGUUUAGGAAAGGCGGGAACCCGCUGAGGUGCUACCUUAUGAACAGUUUUCGGAGGCCGCCGCCACGAGGAGAGAAACAGGCAGGUCUCUGGUGCGCUGAGGCGGGUGGGGCUGACUGCAGGUAGAGGCUGGCUACAAGGGGUGGUGGUGCAGUGAGGACCUGAGCUGGGGGGGCGGGGGAUGUGUUGAGGCUCGAAAGGGGAUUUAUUCGGUGAUCUCAGGCAGGAGCAUGAGGGCGGAGGCCCAGCCGGCUUGUUUGGAGAAGGGCUGCCUGGCUCAGAUAAGGUGAGAUGAGCUGGAAAGGUUGGCGCUCCGGUGGAGAGCCCUGGCGGGCGGUGAAGCUGGGAGGAAGGAGAGGCAUCAAAAACAAAUCUUUGGAGACCUAUUUACCAAGGGGAAAAAGGAAAAGAGAAAAGAAAUGGAUUGUAAGGAGAGCCUUUUAAGGAAACAGGAAAGGGAUACUCAGCUAAGAUGCCGGUUUCAGUGAUGGUUAGUUUGGAAAAGCUGCAGCGGGAGGUGGGGGGGGGUUCAUGGGGAGAGUCUCCCAGUUCUUGCUGCCUUCACCCCUUGCAAAAAGUAAGGACUUCUGGGCUAGAUGGAGGCCUUGUAAACUUGGAUGCCCCUGGUCAGAGGGGCUCUUUGAUAUGUAAAUUGCUCACAGGAGACCAAAGGGAAACCCUAUGGUGCAUCUUCCAAUUUAAUGAAUAUUUGUAAAGCUCUAAAAACAGUGCCUGGGACAGAAGUGUUAGCUGUUACUGUUGCUGGUGCAGCCGGGAAGCAAGGUUGUCUUGGAGGAACAAAGGCUGCUUGACCCUGGAGAAAGUGAGUCAGAAGGUGCAGCCAUGGUCAGGUACAUUAUGGGAGGCCAUCGCUAGGCUUUUGUCAUUGUUAAGGCCAUAAAGAAUUUGGGGCCAUAGACUAAAAUGGCAGGCUGUACCUAUUCUAGGAUCUCUGUCAUUUGAUUUUUGCUAGCCCCCAUCAUUUUCCCUAGUCAUUAUCGGAGGCAUGUGUCCUUAUCUUGGGGGCAGCACUGGAGAGGGGCUGCUGGGGGGCCUUGGCUACCGGGAAGUCCUAGGAGAAGAGCAGGGGGCAGUGGGGUGACUGCCCACCCGAAGCCAGCGCAGCCGGGCUCUCGUGAGGCAGGGGCUGACAGGGUUUGCAGACACCGCCCCACAGCGGCGCUCAGGAGCUGUCCCAGAGGGUGAGGCCUGAGGGAGGUGAUUAGAUUUGGAGACGAUGAUGUCAUCAGGGACCUUUGGGGAAUAGUUUUCUCCUCAAAUACAGUGCAGAAAUAUGGAUUAUUCCAGAUGACUAUGUUCUAAAUAGUUAUAGCUCGUUCUGUUAUAAAUGGGCCCCUAGAAAAUCGUGAUCAUAUCUUAAAAUGGGUGCCUGAGCCUGCUGUUGACACCAAUCCAAGGAAGCACUGCUAACAUGCACGCACCCAUACCGGUUGGCUCUUUUGAGUCGUAGGAACGUACAAACUGGGGGCUUCCGUAAGGCAGAGAACAUCUGUACGUUUUUUCCUAUAUUGUUUAUUACUCGUUCCACGGACAGCCCAGAGUAUACAUCCAGUGGCUGUUUUUGUCAAAACUGUCCCAUCGGAAUGCAUAGAUACUGCAGUUGUUUAAAGAGGAAAUCGUACUUUGGACCAGCAGGCCUAGUCUCGGUGGAGGGUUUUUUCCCAUCCAGGAUCUUCACAAAUCGGGUAGGUGCACUUGAACAUGUGGUGGUGUGGUUUCAUUCCCUCCUUGGCUGGCAGCUCUUCAGGUGAAGCAGGCCGCCAUUACAGACCACCGGGGGGUCCGGUGCAGGCUUGGGAAGCGGGUGGACUCUCGGUCCCGUCAGGCCCGCGUCACCGUCGUCACAGUGCCGGUUGUGUGUGCGCGCAGGUCGGGACCCUUCGAAGUGCGGGCGGACCUGGAGGAGUCCAUGGAGUUCGUGGAGCCCGGCGCCGCCGGGGAAUCGGCUGAGAGCGGCGACGAGCGCGUCAGUGACGAGGAGACCGACCUGGGCACGGACUGGGAGA